AUGAGUUUCAACUUUGGACAGCAACCCGGCAACAAGCCUGCAUCAUCGGGUGGAUUUAGUUUCGGAGGACAACAACCAUCAUCAUCAGGAGGAGGAGCAGGAGCAGGUGGAUUUAAUUUCAACAUUUCAAGUGCAACCAAUCAGCCCACACAAGCAACAACACAGCCUGGAGCUGGUGGUACCACAUCCCAAGGUUUUCAAUUUGGUGGUGGUAGUACCGGAGGAGGCUUUAGCUUCUCUGCUCCGAAAACAACAACGCAGCCAUCGGGAAUGCCAUCCACGACUCAGCCAACAGGUGGACAACCAUCAGGAGGAGCAGGAGCUGGUGGAUUUAGUUUCAACAUUUCAGCCAAUCAGCCCACACAAGCAACAAGCACCUCUCAACCCACUUCUACAACAACAACAGGAACAACACAACCAAGUGGUGGAUUUAAUUUCAACGUUACGACAAAUCAACCCUCACAAACAACAACGUCCACACAACAGCCUGGAGCUGGUGGUAGCACAAGUUCUGGAUUCAACUUUAAGCCUCCAACAAUUUCAACAGGAGGAACACCUGGUAUGACCACCACUUCACAGACAACUUCUACAGCAACACCACAAUCCACAGGAGGUUUUACUUUUGGUGGAACAGCCACAACAACAACCACUGGUGGCCCAAAGACAGGAGGUUUUGCCUUUGGUGGAACGCAACCUACAAGCACAACAACAACAAGUGGUGGAUUUAAAUUUGGAUCAGUACAACCAUCAAGCGGUGCUCCCUCAACCCAAGGAACCACCUCAACAGGAGGUUUUACUUUUGGUGAUUCGGGAUCAACUCGUCCUUCCGAUGAAGAAGCACCUAGUCGAAAAAGAUCAGCAGGUACAGAACCAAGUGGAGCUACUGGUUUUAAGCCUACAAUCACACAGCCAACAACUACAACAACCACAGGAACCACGCAGCCAAGCACCACAACAACUGGCACAACAGGUGGCUUCAAUUUCGGUGCAACUACUGCUCCUUCUGGAACGACCACAACCACCACUACUGGAACAGCGCCAACCACUACCACUACAACCACUACAAACAUCACUCCAUCUACUGGUGGUAGUACUGGUGGUUUUAACUUUGAUACGACAAAGAAAUCAACUUUAUCCGUGAACACUACUGCCGGCACUCCAACCCCAGAAAGUACAAAACCACCAACCUCUGCGAGUGCUCAAGUUGAAAUUCAAACAUUGUUGAAUAAUCAUACGGUGGAGGAAAUUCUAAACAAAUGGAACAAAGAUUUGAAUAAUGAUAUUAAGGAAUUCCAUAAACUUGCAAAUCAAGUCUCAAAGUGGGAUGCAGAAAUUUUAGAAAGUGAAUCAAAAAUUUCUUCGUUGAACGAACAAGUUAGUGAAAUUGGAAGCGAGCUCACAGAAGUUAAAAAUCAACUUGACAUGGUUACAUCACAACAAGAUCAUUUGGAACGAAUUGUCGAAUCCCUAGAAGAAUAUAUUGAAAAGAAUGCCUCAUUUUAUGAUUCAUCUAAGCUUUCCCAAUCCGAUCGAGAACGUGAAGAAACAUACAAGACAGCAGAGUCCAUCAACAAACAAUUAGAUUCAAUGCAAUUUGUAAUUGAUGACAUGGUCAAGAAGUUGAAUACUACAUUUGACAAGUCAGUUGAUCCAAACUCGGACCUCACACGAAUUGUGCAAGUCAUGAAUAACCACUUGGCUUGUUUGCAAUGGAUCGAACAACAAGCCUCACAACUCGAUAGCGACAUUCAAACAACUGGAAACAUUUUGAAACGACUGCAAUAA